AUGGUUAUAGAAGACGCGAAUAAAAUAUUAAGCUACGCAUCUCCUUACGAUGUACAAAUACGAUUUGAAAGUGAUUCGUAUUCAACAAGGCCUUCAUUGAAACGAAAACGAGACUCAAAUAUUGUUUCGACGGUUGAUAGAAUUCAACAUCCGAAAUUUAUUAGAAGUCAAUCGAUUUCACAUAUAAACGAGAUUGGGAAAUCUGGCAAUAAACGGCUACCGAAUCAAGGUGGUUUCAUGCAGGAAAAAAACAGAAUCAACACUUCGUUAAAUAAAAGUCACGAGGGUUCAAAUAAUUAUCCUACGAUUAAACUAACGGCAUCUGGAAAUGAUGUAAAAAGAGAACGUCAAAAAGGAGAAAAACAAACUCAUUCGAAUUUUUCACCUUCGACUGGAAAUAAAAAAUUCAAUUCUACCGAAAGACAAGUUAGUCCGGGAUCUACGGGUAGCCCGCAAAGUAAACUUCAAAAAUUUGGAAUCAAAGUUCUUCCGAUGCCCCUAAGUCCCAAAACUGGAGAUUCGAAAGAAAAACCUCGAAGUCCUAUCGUUUUUGAAAAUGAAUUAAAUGUAGGAAAUAAUAAAAACGAUAAAUUAAUCAAUCAUAAACCUCCGAGUGCGCCAUCACGAAGUACCUCUCCUUCGGGAGACUCGUUAAAAAAUCGACAAAACGGCUUAGAUGAAUCAGAUGGAAGUAGAGAAAAUGUCAAAGCUAUGCUGGCUAAAGGUUUUCAAAAUCUGAAAGAUAAAAUUAAUCAAAAUACUCUUGGUAAAAAGAAAAACAAAGAUCCUGUUAUACCCGAUAGGGCCAACAGUCCGGAACCAAGCCACGAGAUCAAAGAUAUCAAAGAUAUGGAUAACAAAAACAAAGUGCUACCAACUUUGAAAAAUAAUUCUAAAAUUUCAACAGAAAUUACUUCAGACGCUGAACACCCAGUUCCGAAAUUGCGAGGUUCGGCCAAUAACAGAUUAAAAGAAUCUGAAAAAACCAUAAAAAACGAAUUUUCUGUACCUGAGGAGGUCGCCAGAGCUGGAGAUGUUGCACGAAAUAAUAGGAAAUCGUUAAAUGACCCAAAUAGUGGUAGAAAAUCUGUCACUAGCCUAAUUUCAGAGCCUGAUUCUGAAAAUCAAUCAAUUGAAAAUCUAAGCCAUAAAAACGAAAACUUUUCAGACGGAGAAGUUUCUUUCGAUGGGGAUACUUCUAAAACGUUAGAAGAAGCUAAAAGGCCCAAAAGAAGUAAAGGAAAGGCACCGGCUCCUCCCGAUCCCGUUAAGGAAGAAAAAUCUAAUUCUCCGAAAAAAACAAAAUGUUUUGAUUCUAAUGAAAUUAAUGAAAUAAAAAAAGAUACUGAUCUUGACGUCGAAAAAAAUGAUAAAAGAAACAGUUUUGAUUCUAUUAAACCUGAUGCAAAAGUCGCCACUUUAAGAGAUAAAAAUGAAGUAGAAAAGGAAUUACACCGCCCGCCUACCUACGAUAGUGAUUCUGAUACCGAACCGAAAAAUAAUGAUGGCGAGGAUAAACCGAACAAUACAAAAAUAGAAUUAAACGCCAAUCAAGUAACCGUUCACCAGAGUCCAUCCGGUGAUGUAAAUGAUGAUGAUAUAAAACCAGGUAGAAAAGCUGCUUCAUUAGGUGAUUUGUCUAAACUGGAUUCUGAUCAGCCAUUGAGUAUUGUUUUGGAAAGAGCAGUUUCUUUAGAUUUAGCUGAUGGUGUUGUACAAGCAGGUAAAAAACGUAAAGCUCCACUUCCACCAUCUGAAGAAUUCACGGCUGCUUUUGAUGAUUUAAGUUAUCGUGCUGAACCACAAGUUGAAAAUUCUUUGGGUUUGAAUACUUUUCAAAGAAGACUUAAAAAGUCGUCAGAUUUUGGUACUCUAGAAGAUGUUCUUAAUGAGGGACCCAAAUCUCUUGAGAUCGAGAUUAACAACCAUAGUUCUCCAGUUGACUUAGCAGAAACUCACAAUUCUAAUAUACAAGAAUUUUCAUCGUGGCUAGCCGAAUGCCGAAGACCGAAGUCAAACAAUUCAGAAACAUCCGAAGAACAAUCUCCUUCGAGAAAGAGUACAACUUCUUUAAUAAAUAUUAGUUCUCCUGAAGAAUUAAAUAAAGAAAACAAAAAAGGAGACAAAACUGAAUUUGAAUUUCAAAAUAAUAACGUUAGUUUCAGUGUCAACGGGAAAAAUUUUCCAGAUUUUGAAAUUAAGGAGGAAAAGAGCACUGUCACAUCAGGGACUAAUUCUAAAACAGUUGUAGUCAUUUCUCAGCCGAAUUCGUUAGAAAGGACUUUUGCUGAAACAGUUCCAUUAAAUCCUGCAAAAGAUGAUGAAAAACAAAAUUAUUUUUCUCUUGAAAAUGAAAUAAACAGUCAAAGUCUACCUUAUCAGGCUACCGAAAGCAGUACUUUUGACACUUUUAUAACAGCUAGCAGUGAUUCUAGAAUGGAAAAUUAUACGAAGCCGUCUGAAAACGAGGAUGAACCUCCAAAAUUACCAACUUCACCCAUGCCAGAAAUGACAAACUCGAGUACGCUUUCUACUCCUCUAUCUUCUAGCCUAACGUACAUAACCGAAAUUAAAGUUUCAACGUCUUUAAAAGAUGGCAACAAAAAUAGAUCCUCUUCCACGGAUGGAACCAUGUCUCCAACAUUAUCUUACAGGAGUCAAAUUGAUCAAUUUGGUCUUGACACUUCUGAAUUGAAAACUUCUACGCCUCGGCCUCAUAGUCUUAGUUUCAUCGAUAAGAAGAUUCAACAGUUUGAUUCAAAGCCAACUCUUGCCAAACCACUUAUUAGCCCUAUAAAAACCAAACCUCAAUUGGGAUCAUUGGAAUCAAAUAAUGAUUCAGUUUUUGAAUCUUCUAAAAUUCCAAUUAAAACAAUGAAAUCAGAAACUGGACAAAAAGUGUUGGCGACCAUACAAAGCUUAGCUGCUAAAGGUGCCACGCCGAGUAAAAGUCCUGAAAUCGAGUAUGCCAAAAGAGUGGCAUCAUUAUUUUCAGGAAACUCAUUAGAAAGAAACAAAGGAGAACAGCAUAGACAUAAACCGGAUUUGAUUAAAAACGAAGAAAAUCAUGUAAACAAUUCAGGAUUUUUUUUAAAGGAGCCGCCACAAACAUCACCGACCAAACCAUCUAAAGAUUUUGUACCGACACGUAAAGUUCCACCAAUGGUACCUCCGAGAAAAAUGGAAACUACACUUUCCUCAAAAACGAUAACGGUUGACAUAGUCCCUAAAAACAAAGAUGUCGUCAAUUCUGCUCAGAUUCCAAUUAGAGACCGAGUUAUUCCGAAUGAUGACCAAGAAAGGAAUAUCGUUACUUUUUCAUCGUUUAUGCCUAAAACUCAAAACGAAGAAUCAUCAAAUUCGAGUUUGAUAUCGUUUAAAAUAAAAUAA